UUUAUUAUUUUGGACUUUAAAUAUGCCCCUGAAAUGGGAGAGUAAAUAUCGUACUAACGCGCAAUUUUUAAAACCUUACCAACUACUAGCUGCCCGCCUUAAUUUUAUAUGGCUCUUGGUUUCUUACUUCUACUGCGGAUUUGGUUUGGUAUAUCAAACUGUUCUCACUUCAAAAUUAAUUCAAUCUUCAUUUCACCACUCUUGCUUUGCUGCUUAUCUUCUCAGUUCAGAUCUGGGAUUUUCAGCUCCACCAUAACAGCUAGAGAUGGCGGACAAGCACAAGAAAUACGAGACCAGACAUUCGACGAGAAGGCCAACACGGUGACCAUCAUUGUGGUUUGCUGCAAUCCGGAGAAGGUGAGGGACAAAUUACGUUGCAAGGGUGGCUUUUCCAUCGAGAGCAUUGAGAUCAAACCACCGCCAAAAUCACCAGCCAGACGGGCUUCUUCACUGCCGAAACCACCAGAAACACCGGUUUCUUCACCGCUGACGGCUGGUGGGGCGGCGGCAGCUACAAGUAUUGUUAUUCGAGCCAUGGUGAUUGUUUUAUCGAACAAAACCCACAAGCCUGCUCAAUCCUAUGAAGUUGUAACAUGGCUCUUGAGGGAUGCUACUAGCAAUAUUCUUCUACUUUUCUUCCCAGAAGAACAAAAGUCUUCUGCACCUUUAUUGUGCUCUGUAUCCUGCCCCACCUAUAAAUGUUUAACAGGUCUAUGUUCUUAUUCUUUUACAUUAACAAGUUUCCCAUCCAAAGCACGUGGCUAUUAACCUUUUUUCUACCAUAAA